AUGACCGACUCACAAAGCACCAAACCGUCUCUCCCCAAGUUUGAUCCGGAAAACUGUCAAACCUACGCGGCAAGUUGCCACUGCGGUAUUGUACAGUACUCGGUCCUUCUCUCCCCACCACUACCCCAGUGGAAGGUCGUAUCGUGCAACUGCAGCAUCUGCACUCGCAACGGCUACUUGCUAGUGUAUCCCGAGAGGUCGCAGCUACACAUAAAGAGCGGUGAAGAUAUGCUAAGGGACUAUUCUUUUGGAAUGAAAAGAAAUUUGCACAAGUUUUGUGCAAACUGUGGGAGCGCAGUUUGGUUUGAUCCGAGAAUGUGGCGAUUUGGAGAGACUGGACCCGAUUUGCUGGGUAUGAAUGUUCGUAUGUUCCACGAUGUUGACAUAGGGGCAUUGGACAUUACACUGGUGGAUGAUAAACAACGACCAGGAAAGCUAGAAAAGGAGCAAUCGUGA